ACAGCGCCUGCAAGGGAACAAUGCGCUGGGAGCCAAAGGAGACUCAAGCUCUCAGGAGCUCGAUCAACUCUUCAUCCAGUUUCGUUGGGACGAGGAGAGGGAACCGGGGCUUGGAGGAAAGGAAGGGAGCAGCCCCAGAUGCCUGAGCCUGGAAGCAGCCGUUGACAGGAUGUUUAGUAUGCACCCUCCCAAUGCUUCUCAAGCACCUGCCAUUCAUCUAGUGAACAGUUCCUCCUUGGGUCUUACAGAACUGGUGAAGACUCCAUCAAGUGCUCCUUCUCCUGCUGCUCCCAUCUUCUCCAUGACUUUGGGGGCAAUCUCUAAUAUCGUGGCCUUGGUAAUCCUAGUGCAGUCCUACACCCGCUUCCGGCGUCGUUCCAAGGCCACAUUCCUGCUUUUUGCCAGCAGCUUGGUUAUCACAGACCUAGCAGGCCAUAUCAUCCCAGGCUCCUUUGUGUUGCAACUGUAUGCCACACAGCGUGGUUGGAGAGCCAUGGAUCCCUCUAGAGCUCUCUGCCAAUUCUUUGGGGCUUCCAUGGUAUUCUUUGGACUAUGCCCGCUCUUUCUGGGCUUCAUGAUGGCCGUGGAGCGCUGCAUUGGCAUCACUCGUCCUCUGCUUCAUGCUGCAGUGGUCACGCCAGGCCGAACGAAGCUUUCCUUGGCAGGACUGUGGACCGUUGCUCUUGCCAUUGCUCUCUUGCCUCUAUGCACGUUUGGGAAAUACGAUAUACAGGCCCAAAACACUUGGUGUUUUAUCAAGGUGCAAGGGGCAGAAGAAUGGUCCGAGGUUGCUUUUGCCAUGCUCUUCUCCCUUUUGGGAUUGGCUUCUCUGGUGGCCUCUCUCAUCUGCAACACAUUCAGCGGAGUCAUUCUGGUGCGAGCUCGUCUUCGUGGUCAGCGCAAAUGCGGUCGGCGGAAAACCAAAGCACAUGACAUUGAAAUGGUUGUGCAGCUUGCAGGCAUCAUGGUGGUCUCCUGUAUUUGUUGGAGUCCAUUAUUGGUCAUUGUCAUCUUAUCGGUGAGCAACUCUCAUAAAGCUUUGAAUUAUGAAGAACUGCUGUUCCUUGGGGUGCGCCUGGCCUCCUGGAACCAGAUCCUGGACCCAUGGGUAUAUAUAUUGCUGCGACGGGCAGUGCUGCGCAAACUCCUGGCUCUACUCCUAAGGCGCCCUGACCUCAAAACAACACACUCUGACCGCUGGGAGGCCAGCUCCUUCCAGAGCUCCGAGCGCAGUGUUGCUGCUGGUCGCAUCUAAUAUUGGGUGGAGCAAACAAGAGUUGAUCGACUUGAAAGCACUUUGAACUUUCCUGGAAUUCAGAAUCAGCUAUCUUGGCUGCUGCUGCUGGUGGUGGUGGUAUAGGGAAGACCACAGAUAAACUGGCCGUUUGCUUGGCAGCAAAUAAGACGUUCAGUAUUUUGAAGCAGCCUCUUGCCUGUUUCUGAUUUUCUUAUGAGAGGGAGAGAGAUACACGAUCUUCUUGGAAAAUAUGACAGUUCUUUGGGGAUAGUUCAAGGGCAUCCACAGAAAGGGUGAGGGAGUAUAAAUAUAUCACAAUGUGAAUGAAAAGUCAUGAUGCUCAUGAAUUCAUUUUGAUAUCAUAAUGGUUUCUACUGGACACCUAUGGAGAGCUUUGCUCAGUGGUAAAGAAUACAUUAUACAUUCCUGAUACUUCCUGUAAAGCGGAACUAAGAACUCUUGUCUGCUCUCAGAUAGUAAUCUGUAUCAGAAGAUAGUUCUUGACCAGGUAAAUGAAAGCAGGCCAGUAUGUUUUGAGAGGAAAACGAUUUAGUGCAUUUUUAAAGCCAUACGUCUUUCCUGAUACAGGCUGCACUGUGCACGGUGAACAGCCUGGGAAAUUAUUCUUGCUAUAUUCCAAAGCUGAAUCACGCUACCUGUGACUUUCUUGCAUAGUGCAAGAGCAACUUCUCAAGAGUAUGAAUCUUGCUCUUGUGGAUCCUGAGGCGAGAAAACAUCCCAGGUAGCCUCCUUCCUCCCUCAUCAUCCUGUUGCACUUCCCUAGCCACAGAGUAGCCAUUCGAGUCCAGCCCUGUCAGGGCAGGCUAUUUAACCUGCUGCCAGAAAUGACCUGGAUAUUUGGAACCUAUGAUGCAGAUUUUCCACAAUGUUGAGGCAGCUGCAUUACAGCAGUGUGUAAAAGAAUUUUAAUGGGUCUAAAAUUUGCUGUGCUUCUGCACAGGGAAAUUGAUGCAAAGUAUCGCUUCGUCUCACCAUCACAUGUAGAUCACGCAGCAGUUGCAGUGGAGAAAAGAAAGGC